GCUUCACCACCACCACCAACUCACCAUCAGUUUCACUAUCAGUUUCACUCUCACAGCCCCCCCAAUUCAUCUUCUUUUGCAUAUUACCUUCCCACAUAUCUUCUCUGCAUCCAUAUCUCUCCCAUCCCCAAUUCUGCAAGAAAUUGAUUUCGGAUUCUCCCAAUUGAGUGGGGCACAUACAUCACACUACCAAAUCCACCAUCUGUUUGUGACACCUGUCAAACCGCUAUCUGCGAGUAUCCUCACCGACCACACCACCUUUACCAGCAGUCUCGGAAUCCUACUGCCACCAUGUCAUCCUCCUUCGAAGCCCGCGUCAAAUCCAUCCUCUCCGGCGACACCCUCGUCCUCUGCAACCCGAAGAACCUCGCCCAAGAGCGCACAUUGAGCCUGGCCUAUGUGACCGCCCCUCGAUUAAAGCGGGAGGGUGACGAGCCCUUUGCCUUUGAAUCCCGCGACUUCCUCCGCGUCUUCGUCGGGAAGAUCGUCUCCUGUCGAGUCCUUUAUACCAUCCCUACAGGAGCUCACCGUGAAUAUGGCCUGGUCAGGCUCUCCGACGGCAGUGCUUCUUUCCCCGAAGUCUCUGUAGCGGAGGGCUGGGUCAAGGUUCGUGACGACGCCAGCCGAAGAGAGGAGAACGAGGAGAACAAAGCCAUCCUCGACAAGCUCAUCGUCGACGAAGCCCACGCCAAGGCAAAUAGCAAAGGGAUCUGGCAGGAGAAGGUCUCCAGGGUCGAGACGUCGUAUGAGAUACCAGACCCCAAGGUUUUCCUACAGGCUUGGAAAGGGAAGACACUGGAUGGGGUUGUGGAAAAGGUCUUGAGCGGCGACCGCCUCAUCGUCCGCCUCAUCGUCCAACCCCUCAAACAUUCGCAAACCAUGCUGCUGGUAGCCGGGAUCCGAGCCCCUGCCACGAAACGCGUGAACACCUCCGAUGGCACCGAGCAGCCUGCCGAGCCACACGGUGAGGCAGCACAACGGUUCAUGGAGGAGAGGGUGUUGCAGAGAAAUUGUAACAUCACGAUAUUAGGCCUCACUCCCCAGAAUCAACUGGUCGCCACUGUCGCUCAUAAAGUCCGGGGUAACCUCGCACCCUUCGUCCUGGAAGCCGGGUUAGCCCGAUGUACCGACCACCACUCGACUAUGCUAGGACCGGAGAUGGCAAAGUUGCGACAAGCCGAGAAGAAGGCUCGCGAUCAAGGAUUGGGACUGUUCGCCGGACAGAAAUUACCCAUCCGAGGGGCGUCCAAAGAAACCGAAGCGGCAGUCCAACGAAUCAUCUCUGCCGACACCGUCAUCCUUCGAUACCGCGACAACACUGAGAAGCGGAUCAGCUUGAGCAGCGUUCGACAGCCGAAGCCAUCGGACCCGAAACAAGCACCCUGGGGCGCGGAGGCCAAGGAGUUCCUACGAAAGAAACUCAUCGGAAAGCACGUCAAGGUCACGGUCGACGGAAAGCGUGCCGCCACCGAAGGGUACGAGGAACGGGAGAUGGGAACGGUGUCUCAGAACAACAAGAACGUUGCGCUGCUACUCGUCGAAAACGGUUAUGCGUCGGUCAUCCGUCAUCGAGCAGACGACCCGGACCGUUCACCCAUCUACGACGACCUCCUUCAGGCCGAGGCGGCGGCUCAGGCUGAAAAGAAGGGCAUGUGGAACGACAAAGCGUCGUCACCGAUCAGAUAUACCGACUACAGCGAAAGCUUAGAGAAGGCAAGGCGCCAGUUGACGUAUCUCAGCCGAUUGCGACGAGUCGCCGGUGUCGUGGAUUUCGUCAAAUCAGGCUCUCGAUUCACCGUCCUUAUUCCCAAAGAAAGCGCCAAAAUCACCGUCGUCCUCUCCGGCAUUCGUGCACCGCGUUCCGCUCGCAAUGCUAACGAGGAGGGCGAUCCCUUUGGUGCGGAGGCCCAUGAGUUCGCCAACCGUCGCUGCCUACAGCGAGACGUGGAGAUCGACGUGGACGACUGCGACAAGAACGGCGGCUUCAUCGGUACCAUCUACGUGAACCGCGAGAACUUCACAAAGCUCCUCCUGGAGGAAGGUCUAGCCGAAGUGCACGCCUACUCCGCUGAGAAAGCUGGCCUGUUCAACGAAUUGAACGCCGCCGAGCGUCGCGCCAAAGAAGCACACAAAGGCCUCUGGAAAGACUGGACGCCCGAAUCCGAAGCCGUCGACGACGCCGCCCCCACCACGACCGGCGCCUCCGUCACUAGUACCAACGGGCAUACGAACGGCGCCACCUCCACGCCCCGCAGCACCGAUUACCGCCCCGCCCUCGUCACCUUCGUCGACCCCACCACCCAACACCUCAAACUCCAAUUCAUCGGCCCCGGCACCGCGGCACUCACCACGCUUAUGUCCUCCUUCCGCACGCACCACGCCUCCCCCGCCGCCAAGCCGCUCGCCAACCCCCCGAAAGCCGGCGAGCUCGUCUCCGCGAAGUUCAGCGAGGACGCGACCUGGUACCGGGGGCGCGUGCGGCGCGUCGACCGCGAGGCGAAGCGCGCGGAGGUGUACUAUGUUGAUUAUGGGAAUGCAGAGCGCGUGCCAUGGAGCGAACUGAGGGUGUUGCCAGAGGAGUUCGGGCUGCGGCGGCUGGGCGCGCAGGCGGUGGAGGCGGCGCUGGCGUUUGUGCAGGUGCCGGGCGGGGAGUACGCGGCGGAGGCGGCCGGGUGGUUACAGAAGGAGGUGGAAGGCCGACAGUUCGUGGCGCGCGUGGAGCAUGAGGAGGGCGCUGGGGGGCCACAAGGGGCGGCGGCGGUGGAUGUCACGCUGUUUGAUGAGAAGGAUCGGGGGCAGUUGGAGCGGAGCGUGAACGCGGAUAUGGUGGGGGAGGGGUUGGCGAUGGUGCCGAGGAAGUUGAAGGCGUGGGAGAGGGGGCAGGGGGAGGUGUUGAGGGUGUUGCGGAAGCUGGAAGAGGAGGCGAAGGCGGAGAGGUGGGGGUGUUGGCAGUAUGGCGAUAUCACAGAGGAUUGAGGCGGAUGAAGAUGCCUCGAGGUUGCAUACACAACGCAUACGGUUCACGCGUCGAUGAGAAUCUCUAGGAGCGGGCGGAUCAUUUAUGCUGAUCGGUCAUGGGAAAGAUUGCAUGAGGGAUUCAGGACGGAUAUUCGGGUAACCAAAAGCUAGCUCCGUACAUCUUAAUAGAGCGAGGCGAAGCAACCUGCAGAAUCAACAUGGUUACCACGGUAGUUUUCGAAUCUUGCUGUAUCUGGUAAAUGGUAAUUGUCUACCAUGCUUGUAGUUAUCGAUGACAUGCCUAUCAGCGACCUCGGCUACCUUCGAUCACGGCAUCGGCGACUGAUACAUCAUUAUACCAUUGAAUUCAUUGGAGCCUCCCUCCUC